UUUUUGCAACCCGAUGAUGCAACCCUUCUUGAGGCUUGUCUAGAUGCAAACAAAUCUUUGUACCAAAUAAAAGGAUAGCUUACUGCAAAGCAUAAAUCUAUGUAAAAAAGAAAAAAAAUGAAAAUGAAAGUAAGAAUUAAAAGACCAUCUGUAUAAUUAGUCACAAAGAGCGGUAAAAAAAUCAGCGUUCAAACAAGUUCUUUUCUUGUCUCAAUCACCCUUUUAGACAAGCUUGCCAGCAAGCCAGAAUCGCUAUUAUUUUGUUGAAGUCUAGCUCUUGUGGUACUGUAUAAGCAAACAGGCUAAGACUCUUGCUGUGGUGAUUGAGAGUGAAUGAAGAAAGGUUCUGUUUCUUUGAGCCAUCUGGGUACAUUUCCAAGCCCAGGAGCAUCAGACUACCGUGAUAAUGGCGUGGUGGUUGCUCAAAAAGGGUGGAGUUCAGAGAGAGUGCCACAUCCAGCUAAUAGCAAUGGUAGUAGCAGGAGACAUAUCAGUGCUUCAUCUUUGACACCUUUUUACAGUGGUAGAACAUUGCCUUCCAAGUGGGAAGAUGCUGAAAGGUGGAUUUGUAGCCCCGUUUUGGGUUACGGUGUUAGCAAGAAUGCAAACCAUCAGCUUCAGAGGCGGCCAAAGUCUAAAAGUGGACCGAUUGUGCCUCCUGGAAUUGCUUUCUACUCCAAUUACUCGCCCUCAAUGCAGCUACUUGAUGGUGGAGGUAGUGGGAGCGUGAGGAAUUUGAUGGCAGGGUCUCCAUUUUCUACUGGGGUUUUGAUGGCUGAUGGGGUUUCUGUUCAUUAUGGUGGGUGUAGAGGCUCUGUUGCUGGUGGAGAUGGUGACAGUGAACGAUCUUGUAUGGUGCAGGAUGAUAGUAAUGUGGCACGAUCCGCUAUUAUACCUGGAUGGUCAGAUUUGGUUAGUGAGUCUUCAUUGCCCAGCUCUCAAGAUGAAAAACUUGAUGAAAUCAAGGAUGCAGAAACGAUGAUCUCUCGCGUAGUUUCACGGAGGGAUAUGGCUACACAAAUGAGCCCUGAGGGCAGUAGCAGCCACUCUUCUCCCAGAGAGAGAUCUUCAUUUUGCCACUCACCUCCUCUGCCUGCUGUGGAGAACAGUGAUCAUCCUUCUAAAUUGGACAUCAGGGAAGUGCAGAUAGACAAACGAGCCACCAUGACCAACUGGCCCAAAAGAUAUGGAUCAAGAAGAAUCAAGAAAGGCGUGGCAGAUUUCGAAGACUUUUACCAGAACAACACGGCAGGUUCUGCUUUAUCUCUGGAUGUUUCAGAGGCAGCAACAAGCAUUUCAAAGUUGCAUAGGGAGGAAGCAAAGAUCAACGCGUGGGAGAAUUUGCAGAGGGCAAAAGCUGAGGCAGCCAUUCGAAAACUAGAGAUGAAAUUGGAAAAGAAGAGAUCAGCAUCAAUGGAUAAGAUCUUGAGCAAGCUAAGAAUGGCUCAGAUGAAAGCCGAAGAAAUGAGAAGUUCAGUGUCAGCCAAGGAGAAUGAGCAGAUUCCAAAGACUUCUCAGAAGGCUUCAUUCUUCAAUAUCCGCAUGAGUUCCUUCGGCAGUUGCUUCACCUGUCAUGCUUGCUAGUUUCUCGCAAUGUAAAUCUCCAUGUCCAUGGGCUCAAAUCUUUUCCACCAGGUACAGUUAUCAACGAUGGAUUUAUUGAUCCCAAAUUUUGUAUAUGCCUGCUGGUUUCUCGGCUUCCCUAUUUUUUCAUGUAACAUUCCUGAACUCUUAGGCCGUCUCUCCAAUCUGAGUUAGAGAAGCCGCAUUGGGUCACUCAUAGGUCCAGGAAACUGCGGAUUUCAAGUUCUUGUUCUUAGCGGAUUGGAGUUUUUGUACACAAAAAAACUUAUCUGGAAAUGUCGUCCGAGAUGGUUUCAAAGUCCGCUACCAAGGCAUCAGGUUGCUCCGGUCCUAUAUACUGGUGUUGGUGAACCACCCUUUGGUUCGGAGUAUUAAAUACAGAAACACAAACUCUAUAUUUAACAGGG